AUGGUAAACGGUCCAGCUGAACUUCGUAGAAAAUUGGUCAUUGUCGGUGACGGUGCUUGUGGUAAGACAUGUUUAUUGAUUGUCUUUUCAAAAGGUACGUUCCCCGAAGUAUAUGUCCCCACCGUUUUUGAAAACUACGUUGCCGACGUUGAGGUUGACGGCAGGAAAGUUGAAUUGGCAUUAUGGGAUACCGCCGGUCAAGAAGAUUACGAUAGAUUGAGACCCUUGUCCUACCCCGACUCCAACGUCAUCUUGAUUUGCUUCUCGGUUGACUCGCCCGACUCAUUGGACAAUGUCUUGGAGAAAUGGAUCUCGGAAGUGUUGCAUUUCUGCCAAGGUGUCCCCAUCAUUUUGGUUGGUUGCAAGUCCGACUUGAGAGACGAUCCGCACACCAUUGAAGCAUUGAGACAACAACAACAACAACCCGUCUCCACGUCCGAGGGCCAGUCCGUUGCCCAAAGAAUCGGCGCUGCCGAGUACUUGGAAUGUUCCGCUAAAACCGGUAGAGGCGUUAGAGAAGUCUUUGAAGCAGCAACUAGAGCUUCAUUGAGGACUAAAGAUAAAAAGGAAAAGAAGAAGAAGUGUGUCAUUUUAUAA